CACUGAGUGUCAGCAUCCCUGAGCCGUCCCCUCUGCGGGUCCUCCUGGGGACCUCCCUCACCAUCCCCUGCUACUUCAUCGACCCCAUGCACCCCGUGACCACCGCCCCCGCCACCGCUCCCCUCACCCCGAGAAUCAAAUGGAGCCGCAUCUCCAAGGAGAAGGAGAUGGUGCUGCUGGUGGCCACGGACGGGCAGGUGCGGGUCAACGGCGCCUACCAGGACAAGGUCUCGCUGCCCAACUACCCGGCCAUUCCCAGCGACGCCACCUUGGAAAUUCAGAACCUGCGCUCCAAUGACUCCGGGAUCUACCGCUGUGAGGUCAUGCAUGGCAUCGAGGACAGCGAGGCCACCGUGGAGGUCGUGGUGAAAGGCAUCGUGUUCCAUUACAGAGCCAUCUCCACGCGCUACACCCUGGACUUCGACAGGGCGCAGCGGGCCUGCCUGCAGAACAGCGCCAUCAUCGCCACGCCCGAGCAGCUGCAGGCCGCCUACGAGGACGGCUUCCACCAGUGCGACGCUGGCUGGCUGGCCGACCAGACUGUCAGGUACCCCAUCCACGUUCCCCGGGAAGGCUGCUACGGGGACAAGGACGAGUUUCCCGGCGUGAGAACCUAUGGCAUCCGCGACACCAACGAGACGUAUGACGUGUACUGCUUCGCCGAGGAGAUGGAGGGCGAGGUCUUCUAUUCGACGUCUCCAGAGAAGUUCACCUUCCAGGAGGCUGCCAACGAGUGCCGACGGCUGGGCGCCCGGCUGGCCACCACGGGCCAGCUGUACCUGGCCUGGCAGGGCGGCAUGGACAUGUGCAGCGCCGGCUGGCUGGCCGACCGCAGCGUGCGCUACCCCAUCUCCAAGGCCCGGCCCAACUGUGGCGGCAACCUCCUGGGCGUGAGGACCGUGUACCUGCACGCCAACCAGACGGGCUACCCCGACCCCUCAUCCCGCUACGACGCCAUCUGCUACACAGCCAAACCAGCCAGGGCAAAGAAAAAUGAUCCCUAUGGCCCUGGGACCUGCCAGGAGACGGAGGGACACGUGCUAUGCCUGUGCCCCCCUGGCCACACUGGCGAGCACUGUGAUGUAGACAUUGAUGAGUGCCUCUCAAGCCCUUGUGUGAAUGGAGCCACCUGCGUGGACGCCAUCGACUCUUUCACAUGCUUAUGCCUUCCCAGCUACCGAGGGGACCUGUGUGAGAUCGACCAGGCGCUGUGCGAGGAGGGCUGGACCAAGUUCCAGGGCCACUGCUACCGCCACUUCCCGGAGCGCGAGAGCUGGGUGGACGCCGAGAGCCGCUGCCGGAAGCACCAGUCCCACCUGAGCAGCAUCCUCACCCCCGAGGAGCAGGAGUUCGUCAACAACAAUGCUCAAAACUACCAGUGGAUCGGCCUGAACGACAGGAGCAUCGAAGGGGACUUCCGCUGGUCAGAUGGACACUCCCUGCAAUUUGAGAACUGGCGCCCCAACCAGCCCGACAACUUCUUUGCCUCCGGAGAGGACUGCGUGGUGAUGAUCUGGCAUGAGAAGGGCGAGUGGAACGACGUGCCCUGCAAUUACCACCUGCCCUUCACGUGUAAGAAGGGCACAGUGGCCUGCGGAGAGCCCCCCGUGGUGGAGCACGCCAGGACGUUCGGCCAGAAGAAGGACCGCUACGAGAUCAACGCGCUGGUGCGGUACCAGUGCGCCGAGGGCUUCGUCCAGCGCCACCUGCCCACCAUCCGGUGCCUGCCCAGCGGGCAAUGGGAGGAGCCUCGGAUCACCUGCACAGACCCCGCCACCUACAAGCGCAGACUACAGAAGCGGAGCUCCCGGGCCCCACGGAGGAGCCACCCCAGCACGGCCCACUGAGAGGAGCCCCAGGCCGAGCCCAGGAUGCUGAGCCCAGAGCCUUGCAGGCUGACGCGCCCCCUCAGACGGUGUCCUCUUGUCGCUUUCUGCCAUAUAAGGA